UCUCAUUGAAAACACUAAAACAGAAUUAAUCCAUUAAAAAAAAAACAAAGAAAAAAAACAUAUUUCCAAAAAUGUUCAAACUUGUUAUUUUGAUUUCCUUGCUGAUGGCCCUGUUAUCCUCGCCCAGCCAUGCUUAUACGGUUUUCAGUGAUGAGGAUACUUUGGAUACUGUUACCGAAACCAUGCCGUUGUGUAAGGAACGUCCCUGUUCUCGCAUCUAUCGUCCCAUGUGUAUUAGUGUUGAUGGAAAACCAAAAACAUUACCCUCCCGUUGCCAUUUCAACAACCUGAGAUGUAAUGCCAUGGAACGUACACGAAAUUCAAAUGAUGCGCCCGUUUUUCGUGUUAUGCAUGCGGGCCCAUGCUAAGGAGGCUGUGACAAAAUGGAUUCGAUAGGAGAUAAUUAGUAUUUAAGAAAAAUUAGAAAAUAAAAAAAAAUAAU